ACAUUCCCUAUCCCCGCACCUCUAACCCCUGAAUGCCCGUUGUCUUCGUGCCAUUCAGUCGCUAAUUACCAGCAACAGUACCCGCACCGCCAUCACCUUUCAUCAGGAUCGAAAGAAGAGCUCGUAGCUGAAGCAAGCAGUCAAUCAUGGCUAUUCUGCUCAUUAUCGCGGCUCUGAUGGGGUAUGCCGCCUUGUCCCGCGUGUGGAACAUCUACCGGAAUUACCAGGGUGCAGUCAAAUCGGGCCUGCCCGUCGUCGUCUGUCCCCUUGACACGACCAGCAUCCUCCACGUCGUCUUCCAGAUCCCCAUACGCGUCAUCGCCAAGCACACCCUACCAGCCUCCCUCUACGACCGCGUCCGCCUGGGAGUCAUGGGCUGGGAGUUUGCCGACAAGGGCGCCAUCCACGAGCGCGUGGGACCCGCCUUCAUCCUCGUCACGGCGGGGAUGUGCGAACUCUGGUGCGCCGACCCGACCAUGGCGCAGAUCAUCCUGGCGCGGAGGAAGGAUUUUGUGCUGUUUCCGCUGUCGUCCAAGAUUAUGAGGUUCUUGGGAGAGAAUAUUCUCACUUCCGACGGAGAAGUCUGGGCCCGCCAGCGUCGCAUCGUCGCCCCGAACCUAAACGAGCGCAUCAGCGAGAUUGUUUGGAACGAGUCCAUCGCUCAGUCCCACCAGAUGGCCGACCAUCUCCUCAAUCAUGCCGGAGGCGAAUCCCGAGACACCAUCAACUGCCUGCGGGGCAUCGCCAUCAACGUCCUGGGACAGGUCGGGUACGGCCAGCCCAAGCCAUUCCAGCCGAUGGAACUGCCCCGCGACCCGAAGGAGCGAAUGACCUACGUGGAGGCCAUAUCGCUGUGCACGGAACUGCUUAUUAUCUCGGCGCUGAUGCCUGGGUGGCUACUGAGACUGCCGUUCAUGCCCCGUGUGAUUAGGACGGUGGGUGCGGCGCUCAAGAACUUGCCGGGCCUUACGGAAGAUAUGCUGGACCAGGAGCGGCAACGGCAAGCCAUGACCUCCUCAGAGAAGAAGUUAUACGACCAGCAGGCGGCAGCAGGAGUAGGCGGUGGCAGCAAGACAGAGCGCGACAACCUCAUGAGCCAGCUUGUGCGUCUGUCCGACCAGGGCAGGAUAGGCGGCAUUAGUAGCAGCGACAAGGUAGGGGUAGGGUCCGGCCAGUACCUCACCGAGGAUGAGAUCGCGGGGAACCUGUUCAUCUUCACGGGGGCGGGGUUCGACACCACAGCCAACACCAUGACAUAUGCGGUCGGUCUGCUGGCGGCGUAUCCGGACUGGCAAGCCUGGAUGCAGGAGGAGCUGGACCAUGUUCUCGGCGGUGCGAAUGAAGAGAAUGGUGCCGGCCUAGACUACGCUACCUACUUCCCGAAACUGAACCGCUGCCUAGCAGUCAUGAUGGAAACCCUCCGCCUCUUCCCCGCCGUGAUCCAUAUCGCCCGCUCCACCCAGCACGACCAGACCGUAACCGUCCGCGGCCGCACCCAUGUCAUCCCCGGCCCCUGCAUCGUGUACAUCAGCAACCCGGGCCUGCACUACGACCGCUCCGUCUGGGGCCACGACGCCCACGCCUUCCGCCCCUCGCGCUGGCUCUUAUCCGGGGCGGAACUAGGCGGGGACUCGCAGGUGACGCCCGCUCCCAGGGGUUCGUUCUUGCCUUGGUCGGGGGGUCCGAGGGUGUGUCCUGGGCAGAAGAUGGCGCAGGUGGAGUUUGUGACGGUGUUUGCGACGCUGUUUCGGCGGUUGAAGGUUGAGCCGGCAGCUAGUGGGGGGAGGAGCUUGGAGGAGGCGAGGCGGUAUUUGCUUGAAUUGAUGCAGGAUAGUCAAAUAAGGUUGACGUUGCAGAUGAAUAAGCCCGAGGAGUUUGUUCUGCGGUGGGUAGAGAGGUGAUCAAGGGGGCCCUUUUGUGAAGAGGUCAAUCAAUACCAUCCAUAGAAGUUA